AUGAAGGAGGCACUAUUGAUGAAAGUAAUUUGUUCUUUUUUAACUUUGAGCCUUUGCGGAGGAUCGAUGGUAAGGCCAAAAGAAUAUAGAAAACUUGUAAGAUCCGGUUCGGAAUUUGUACCGAACGAAAAUAAAAUUAUGUCCGCCGGUGGAGAACCAACGUGCGAAGAAUUAAGAGCCAUGUGGAGAUUUUCCAGAAGGCAAUCGAGAGCGGCUGAAAUAACAAACGAAAUCCCAACGUAUCGAGAUCCCUUUGCUUACAACGUAUGGGAACAAUAUCCGAAAGUUCGAAGCGUUUUGGGUAUGUUUCGCACACCCGUGAGACCAUGGUCGAGACCCAUUUACGGAAGAAUAGUACAACACGCUCCGAGCAAUCAUCCACGUGUUAUACCACCCGAAAGCAGAGCUUAUGAUGAAGUAUUGAAAUACGUAGACAAUACAAAACCCGAAGAAGAACCCAGGAGGAGACCUUCGACUCCGACUUAUCGUUUAUCCGGAGGUCAAGUACCCCCGAACAGAUUGUCAAGAACUGGAAGUUUUCAACAUUUGAAAGAGCUUAUAUGGGCAGAGAGAGCCAAAGAAUUACAUCAGCAAAGAAUGCUCGAAGAAGCGGCUGCUAAAUCCGCUGCUGAAAAAAAUAUACAACAUUUUAACGACAACAGCAAAAGUUCAAAUUCAAAUUAUAAAUAUAACAUGGAUCAGGAAGCAAAAGCUACAAGAUUAAGAUUAUUAAAUGGAGAAAUGGAUUUAGAAUCUGCAUUCGCACCUGAUACCUACAGGAAAUCAUAUCGUCCGAGAUUGGUGCCAAAUUCAGAAUACAUAAACGAAGAUGGAAUGUGGUGA